GGUUUGUCACUGACUCAGUAGUAUCACAGCAGUCAGCCAAACAGUAUUUUGAGCACACGCUUACCGGCGCGCGUACACACAGCACCGCGCACAUAGUCUGAGAGUGAGGACAUAAGACGAGAGUGUUAUAAAACAGAAGGAAAGAAAUCCUCGGCUAGUCCUUCCACUCAACAGUCUCCUGGUUGUUCUUCAUCCCUGAUAUGACCCUGUUCAGUCCAAGAUACAUGAGCAUGAGUGGAGAGUUGAAGUCAAGCCGCUCUAGGGCAGCCAGUAAGAGGGCCAGCAACACCACUUAUGGAUCUGAGUUUGACCUGGACUAUGACAGCUAUCACGAGGACUACUAUGACAGGGUGUAUGACUACCAGCGUGUGCCAGCUUCCUUUUCUCCCCUACCCCUGGGACCCAGUCUUGCCAAGCGAUCCCGUUCCUCCUCCUACUCCUCUGGGCACAGACGCAGCCGAGACAGAACCCACUCCAAAAGCUCCAGAGCCCACUCUACUAGUUCAGCCACAGCCAAGUUGGGGAUGGAGGAGUUGCAGGUGAUUAAAAAGGAGCUGACUCUGAUAAAGACACAGAUCGAUGGGCUGCUUGACAGUCUUGACAGGAUGGACACACAGAGGAAUGACCACAAAGGGUCUCCACUGAGAGAGGAUAGUCCAGUUGGCUCACCAUAUGCUGCAUCACCCAGCAGCCCAGAGCACUCCCUUUCCUCCCUCUCCCCUCCUAGUUCUCGCCAUCGAAUUCACAAGGAGAGCCCUGACCUGAGAGAGCCUGACGAUGACCACCACACGAUGAGCAACCACAGCUCUGACCCUGAGGAGGAAAUAUGAAGGAGGAAUGUGAGAAAACGUAAAAGACAUGGAUAAGGUGCCAAACAUGGAGGAAGAGAACCUGAGCCAUCAGGCUAACACCCACAUCAGAAACUCAACAUAGGGUGUACAUAUCAAAUAACAUAAUGCAUUUAAUUGAAUCACAGCAACUUGUUUAACGUGACCAUGAUCCAGAUACAGAUCAAUUUUGAGAAGCAAGUACACAUACAUCCGACUGACCAGAACUUGACGGGCUUACCUACGAGAGUGACAGAUAGACCGUGACCUUGCUGUAACAAAUAAACAAAACAGAACGAUGAAUUUAUGAGUUUUACAUGUCUACCUGAAAUGAACCAGUUCUACUGUAUGAGUGAGUUUGCACCAACAGCAACACUCCAGCAUGAAUCACAGUGUUUCAGAAAAAUAGGUAUGAAUCAUUAAAUCAUUAUGAAACAAACCUGCCAGUUUAUUUUGCUCACGUCGGUAUAAAAGAUGGACGUAGCUACCGUGAUUCACACACUGGUUUCUAAAGUCCUGUUUUCAAGCCUGGAGAUGAGCAUUUGGCAAACUGGAGAGAGACGUCUCACUUGCUAAUGAGCGUGCGAUUUCGUACCACAGAUAAGCCUCUAUUUUGAAACACAGUAUUACCCAGGUUUAUAAAAAAAAAACUAAUUUCUUUUUUUAAAAAUUCAAUACGACCCAAAACGAGUGGCAGAGCCCAUAAACUGAGCAGGAAUGUGUUUACAGGGGUCAAGUCAGAAAGUCAUUUUCCCAUGGACUUCUAAAGGACCUGAAGUCUUUGUGCAACCACACUGGUGUCUGUCAGAUACUAUGCAGGUUUUCAAGCACUUCCUCAUUAGUUUAAUUUUUCACUUCAGAUUGUACUUUUUACCAUGCACGGGUCACUCUGGGGGUUUUUUCUUUUUUUUAUGAAAACAGAUGACACACAUUAAUGUCAGACUUUACACACAUUAAUCAUUUAUAAAUAGUGUUAAUAUGAGUGUUUCUACAGCUGCUUCAUCAUUUUGUUUUUUUUGUUUUUUCCUUUCCCCGUGGAAACAGCAAAAUCAUUCAGAAUGUCAAAAGGCCUUAAGGACCUUGAAGUAAAUCAUGCACAAAACACAUAGGACUAGAUAUUAAUAAAGCAUGGGGUUUUUUGAACCAUGUAAACAUGCCGCUAUUUCCAAAAUAAGAUUAGAACUGGAAUAUUGUGUGGACAGUAUAAUGAAAAUGAACUCGGUGUUACUUCAAGUAUUCUAAAAUCUGCACACAGCUCUUUCAUUUUUAAUGCUUAACUCAUAUUUUUCAGAUAUCAGAAUUUAGCUGGAUAAUCACUCAGGAGAUAAAUGGUUUGUUUUCCACCUGUAGGUAUGAGUAUGAAUGAUAUACUAUACCCAUUAAGUAUUUUCAGAAGGAAAGAGUAUUUUAUCUCCUUUAAGUGUAUUCGAGUAAUGUUAUAACUCUCUUCCUCUAUGUAUUAGACACUUUAAGAUGUGCAAAGACCCAGGUCGGUGUAAUAAUGUGUAUUAUUGUAUACUUUACUGUAAUUGUUUAGCCGUACGAUUUUAAUCUUGCUUUAGGACUUCCGUGUGUUUUUUAAAGAAAAUAAUGAUGUUAUUAUAAUUCCUAUGGUGUUACAUGUUUUUGUUUGCAUUCUUAAGAUAUUGCCAAGUGGAAAUACUCAUUGUCACUGUAGUAAAAGUAUUUUCAUAUUGAGUAUAAACAUUAUUUGUGG